CAGUGCAUACUGCAGGGGCAGUGACGUCACGGCCAGCCUCUCUCUCUCCUACAGUCCCUUCCUGCUGCAUCACAACAGUCGCUAGUGGAUCGGGUAACACUGAGCUAUUUCCACUGCCUUGUGGAGUUUUUAUUUCAAUAAAUGUAACAGAAGUCCUCAUCGACAGCCUCAACCGCCAAGCCCGUCACCGUCAGUUCGAGCGGACGUCAGCGCAGCAGUCGACGCGUUUGAAGCGCAGUGGGAGAUGGCCAGGCCAGAGCAGGUCCUGCUUCUAGAACCGCAGCACGAACUGAGGUUCCGAGGCCCAUUUACAGAUGUGGUGACCACCACCCUAAAGCUUGCUAAUCCCACAGACAGAAAUGUGUGCUUUAAAGUAAAGACGACUGCACCGCGCCGAUACUGUGUGCGGCCAAACAGUGGAGUGAUUGAUGCCGGAACCUCGAUCAACGUCUCUGUGAUGCUGCAACCGUUCGAUUAUGAUCCGAAUGAGAAAAGCAAACACAAGUUCAUGGUACAGUCUCUGCUGGCCCCGCCUGACAUGACCGACACUGAGGGAGUGUGGAAGGACGCCAAGCCCGAGGAUCUGAUGGACUCCAAGCUGAGAUGUGUUUUUGAGAUGCCUGCUGAAAAUGAGAAAACACAUGAAAUGGAAAGCAAUAAGAUAGCCUCCAGUCUCUCAAAGUCGGAAUCAUCCACAUUGUCUAUGAAGUCCAUGGCCUCCAGUCUGGAUGACGGAGAGGUGAAGAAGAUCAUGGAGGAAUGUAAAAGACUGCAGACGGAGGUGCAGCGGCUACGAGAGGAGAACAAACAGAUCAGGCAGGAAGAUGAUGGUCUGCGGAUGAGGAAGAGCACAGUAAUGUCGGCUCCGCACUCAUCUCCAGCGGUGAGAGUGAAGGAGGAGGGUCUGAGCACCAGGGUGAUCGCUCUAAUUGUGCUGUUUUUUGUCGUGGGUGUCAUCGUAGGCAAGUUGGCCUUGUAAAAUCCAAGAGGGGAGACGCUACAAGCAUGCAUUGCGGAUGAAACAAAAACAAAACAGACAAGUAACCAAUGCAGAAUUCGUUUAAUCCGAAUGCCAUAUCAUUUGGGUAGUUUUGGAUUAGCGAGGUGUGUAAAAUUAAUAAAGAGAUCAAGGAAUUUCAUCAUGUUAUGUGCAAAGAAAACAAAAAUUCGAAAAAAAGAAAAAAAGAAUUAUAAUAAUAAUCUGACACAGCUCUUGCCUCAAAAUUGUGAAAUCAUUCUGGCCCCUCUUCCUUAAUCAUUUCUGAUGCAAGUUCAAAUGGAUAACAAAUGUCAUAGAUUUUAACCACUAAAAAUGUCGUAGGGAUUUUCUAACACCAGAUGUGCGAUUGAGUUGUGUAGAGUGAAUGUUGUUUUAUCACUUCUUUUUUUUUUUU